AUAUACGUACACCUAAACUGUUUUAGAAGUAAUAGGUAGUUUAUAAAGUACAUAAUUUUUAUAUUUUAGUACAAUAAGAAAUGAUUUUUUUUAACUGGCUACAGAGUUUGAUAACAUUAUCAUUUUAUUUUUGUCAAUGUCGUGCUGACCUUGAAGUGUACAAUAACGUAAUGAUGGCAAAAAUUGUGCCUUUUCAUUCCGGAUCGUAUCCAUUGACCAUGAAAGCUGUCGGAUUUUACAAGUUUCUGCCAAUAUCUGAUGCGAACAGUCUCGUCGAUCUUGAAGUAAGUAUUCCAACACUGGAAAGUAAUCAAGUUUUAGUAGAAGUAAAAGCUGUUGCUGUUAAUCCCAUAGACACGAAAAUGAGAGCUCCGAAGCCUCAUAUAAACAGUUUUCCAAGAAUUCUCGGUUGGGAUGGAGCCGGUACAAUUGUCGCCAGAGGUGUUAAUGUUAAACCUAAUGUUUUCAAUACAGGAGAUGACGUAAUCUUUACGGGAGAUAUAUUCAAAAACGGCUCUAAUUGUCAGUAUAUAGCUCUCGACGAAAUAUUUGUUGCACCAAAGCCAAAGAACCUUACAUUUGUACAAGCGGCUGCUAUGCCACUUACAACGGUCACGGCAUACGAAGCGCUUUAUGAUCGACUUUCAUUAUCUGCUAAAGAUAAAGGUAAGUCUUUGCUUAUAAUAAACUCUGCCGGGGGAGUUGGCUCCGUAGCUUCACAGUUGGCUGCUAAUUUGAAUCUCAGAGUGAUUGGUACAGCUUCACGUCUCGAAACACAAGAAUUUUCAAAGAAGAAUGGAGCUGAUAUAGUGAUAAAUCAUACCAAAGAUUUACUUCCACAACUGGAAGCUCACGGUUUUGGUAACGGGGUUGAUUACAUCUUGGCUAAUUACGAUCCCUAUCCAUAUUGGGAUGUAAUGAUGAAGGCUAUCAAACCUCAAGGCAAAAUAUGUCUCAUCGUUGACAGCAGUGGACUUGUAGAUUUAAAACCACUAAAAGACAAGAGUAUAACAUUAGUGUAUGAAAUGAUGGCCACACGAAUAAAAUAUAAUACAGAAGACAAAUAUAGACAUCAUGAAAUUUUAAAGAUUGCCUCAAAAAUGCUUGAAGACGGAAUACUAAAAACUACACUUACGAAAACUUUGUCGCCAAUAAAUGCUGCUACGUUAAAAGAAGCUCAUAGAAUGAUGGAAGAAAAACGUAUGGUUGGAAAAUUGGUUCUAUCAGGAUUUUAAACCAAAAUUUGUUUUUUUGAAAUAAACUUUGUAACAAAC